AUGCUCACCUCCGGCCUAACAAACGCACCCCUCACAAAAUCCCUCCUAAUCUACACAGUCGCCUCAUCAGUGGCCCUCUCCCUCUUCGACAUAAAACACCUCGCAGUAAUAAACAUAUCCCCCCAUUUCUGGCCAUACGCCCAAUUCUGGCGCGCGCUAGUAUGGCAGAUCGCAGGCUUCACCAAUUCCACGGAAGCCCUCUUCGCCGCAAUGCUGAUCUACCAUUUACGUGUCAUUGAACGGGCCUGGGGAAAGCGGAAGAUGGCGACCUUCCUCCUAACAAUCUUGCCCUACACAACCAUCCUCCCCCCCCUCCUCCUAACCCUCCUCCGGCCCCUAACCCUCAACACAAUAAACUACCUCCCCUGCGGUCCGGUCCCAACGAUCUUCGCCCUGCUAGCGCAAUACUACAUCACCAUACCACAUACAUAUCGCUACAGACUCGGCACGACCUCUGCACCGACCAUACCCACCGUACCCAGUACCACCGCGGACUCCACCGCAACAGCACCCAAACCCGAACCACCAUCCCUCUCCCUCCUCCUCUCGGACAAAUCAACCACAUAUCUGGUCGCGGCACAGCUGGCUCUCUCGCAGUUCCCCGGUAUGCUUCUUCCGGCCGCGGUGGGAUGGUUUGUGGGAAUUGCUUGGCGUGCGGAACUGUUGCCCGGGUUGGCGUGCAGUGAGAAUGGGUUUAGGGUUCCGGCUUGGGUUGUUGGGGAGAAGGAGAGGAGGGGGAAUGGUGAGGAGAGGGGUGGGUAUGAGGAUCUCAGGAGGAGGUUGGAGGGGGAGGUUGCGGCUGAGACUGCUGAGGCUUCCGGGUUGGAUGGUGGGAGGGAUGGGGGGCAGAGGCAGAGACGGGGUGAGGAUGGGUUUGUGGAGAGGUUGAGGGGGGCUUGGUAG